AUGCAUUACCUAACAAUCCUCUUAUCACCUCUCCUCAACUUCCUAGCAGUAAAGUCGCAAGCCUACUCAUUCGAACACGGAUCUCCGAUUUUCAUCCCGGACCUUUCAACAAUCCAAGACCUCUACCAAACUCCUUCGGACUUCAACACUACAUCAUCCCUAUUCUCUCCCUUAGUACAGCAACCUCUUAGCCUAAACCCAAAGACAAAUUCAAACCUACAACCCCAGCUCCAUGGCACAAUCCACAUGCUCCCAAUCCACCACGAAAUCUCCUACCCCCAAACCCUCUCCCUAACCUUCACAACCUCACAAAAAGCUUGUGCUCCUAUCUCUCUCGAAUACACCUCCGUCCUCGAAGAACUAGCCUUCAAUCCCCUCUACGACUAUCCAACCGGAAUCUACCAAGCCGAGCCAGGAUCUCCUCUCUCCUCAACAGGACCUACAUUCACGCUUUCUGAAACUGCAUCCUUGCACAAAAAUCUCUUCGCCAGUUUAUACCUAAAGGUUUCGGAGGAUAUAGAGCAAGAAGAAUGGGAAAAGGUAGUUCGUUUAUUGACAAGAACUGCAGAGGGAGUGGAGGAAGAGAGGAGAGAUAUUGGAUUAGAAAGAGGGGCUGGGAGGAUAAGUGUUUUUACUAAGAUUGGGGAGUGCGAGGUCGAUGCUACUUGGGCUUUUUAUCGGAUGGUUGAUGGAGUGGUAAGUGAAUGUGAGGAGGGAAAUGAGACUUUGGAUAUUGGUCUUGGAUUUGGAUUUGAUUCUAAGGGCGGAGGGAAGAGGGAGGAUUUGUGA